AUGUUCAAUUCUCAAUGGCAGUGCUUGAGCGUGCGGGCCGACGCGGCGCGGCCCAAGCCGCCGGAAGUGCGGCCGACUUGCUGUUUCGACGGAGGCUUCAGCUCUACUACAAUGGUUUACAUGUUUGCUAUGCUAGCGGUCGUGCUCGGGCGAGCAACACGAGCGGCGUUGUCCUUGUUCAUCUUUAAAAUAAACGGGAGCGUUGGUCACGGAGCUUACUUAGUGCUACUUAAUCUUCGUGUUUUUGGCAAGAUGGCCGGGCCUAGGCGUGAGGAUUACAGCUAUGCAUAUGCUGAUGGCGAGGACAUAGAAGGAGAUGGGCAGCAGGACGAUGGUGCACAACAGGCGGAAGGAGCAGAGUUGGACGCCGGGGUUGCAGAUGACGUUCAGCCGUGGACGGGACUUACACUUCUGCCGGAGAAGUCAGACGUUACAGAGCUACUGAAGGACGUGCACAAGGCUGGGCACAAACAGCUUACAGUUUUAUUGCUAGGGAAGUCAGGUGUAGGCAAGAGCAGCCUGGUGAACUCGCUCCUUGGGGAGCCUGUAGUGCGUGUGCAGGCCUUCAAGUUGCAGGCCGAUGCAGAGGCUACAAUGACCAUUGUACGGCACAUAAGUGUCGGAGAUCCAGAGAUCGAUGGGCUACGCAUCAAGCUCAUCGACACGUGUGGGCUGGAGGAUCCGGAGGCAGGAGAUACGGUCAACUGGGGGGCCCUGUCCAAGAUUGCUGAGGACAUCCGAGGGGUCUCCAUUGAUGUGGUAUUGUAUGUCGACAGGCUGGACUUGUACCGGGUGGACCCUCUGGACAAGGCGAUCAUCGCUGCAGUCACACACACGUUUGGUCGCCAGAUUUGGUGCCGGACAAUUCUGGCGCUUACACAUUCAGCUCUGAUGCAAGUGCCACCAGGAACAUCGUAUGACUCGUUUGUGGACGGCCGGAUCCGGCUUCUCCGUGGCGUGAUCCCUCGGGGUCCGUUGCCCUUCCUACGGUCCCCGUUGCCCGCCGUUCUCGUGGAGAAUUCAGAGACCUGCCCCAUUAAUAAGGACAACGGGCAUCGAAUGCUGCCCGACGAUACCGAAUGGCUGGUGGGGAUGGUGAGCGAGGUGGUUGACCUGGUCCUUGCACGGCGGCAAGCGUACAAGUACAACCCCAGGAUGACCUCCAAGCCCAGCCAGCGCUUCCGGUGGCUGUUGCCGCUGGUCAUUGCAGCAGAGAUAUUUUUCGGCCGGCGUUUGCUACGGCCAGCUCUGCUGGCAAACCGGCAUCGGGUGGAGGCUGUGGAGGACGCGGUCUGGUCCUUGAGGUGGCAGCAGCGAAAUGUGCUGGGCCUGCACCCGCCACAUCGGCCAAGCAAGGAGGCCGCGUGGCGCUUGGAGCAGAUGUACGAUGAUGACUAACUGGCCACGUUUGCCAGGGAGAUAGCGGCGGCGAGGGGUAGCAGAGCUCCGGGAUAGAGUAAGCGGAAUGGAAAAUGACGUUGCACAGCCAUUCCUGAAUGCAGGGGGUAAGGCUGCUACAGUGAACUGGUGUAUGCUGCGUGUUCAAAUUGGCAGUUCUACCAUAAGGAAACUACUGCUCAAGGUCGUUGUGGAUUGACACAGCGACACAGUGCUCCCGCUCGGGAUCCUAUGGGUUGGACUCCUUGUACUUGUGGUGAACUCCGCGCGUGAUUUUGUUGUGGGCACGUGGACAACAGGGCAUCUGGGCUUGGACGAUUUUCUAGUCCGGCAGCGCUGCCACAGCUGGAGCGAAGGUUUGCGUAUCGAAGUAGUAGUUUCGGGAUUUCUGUAAAGUCCCUUCAG